UUUGAGACACUCAACCUUUUAGCACUCCGUCUCUCUCUCUCCCACUUUCCAUAACCACCGUUUCCCCUCUUCCUCCCCGAUGGCCGCGGCGGCGGACAGCCUCCUAAAAUCUGGCGGAGUUUCCGCCAUGAUUCGUCAAGGCUUUUUAACCCCUUCAUCUCCCUCAUUCCCUUCGUCCCUCUUCUCCCCUCAACUUCCCUCCCCUCCACUAUCCUCUCCGCCUCCCCCGUCCACCUUCACCUCCUCCUCCCCCUCCUCCUCCUCCUCCUCCUCCUCCUCCUCGCACCCCUCUCCGUCAACUCAACCAACCACGCUGUUCGAUAUGAUCUCAAGGGAGAAUCUAGCUCAUCGUCAGCCGGCAGAGGGGAAUCAAAACGAGAAGCGAUUGCGGGUUCAGGAGCGGAUCGCGAGGGUGCUCGCCGCAGAUAGACCCAAUUGGGGCCCCGGUGACGUCGAGUUGUCAGUGAGCUCUGGUGAUGGUUUUAGAGUUUCGAUGACGGUUCACCGGCGCGUUCUUGCUGCAGGGAGCCGCUUCUUUGCGGAGAAUCUGGGGAGGCGGGGCGGAGUGGUGGAGAUCUGUGAGUGCGAUGAUGUGGAGGUGUACGUCGAAGUGGUGGCUAUGAUGUACUGCGGCGAUCUACGGCUGCGGCUCUGCGGCCAGGGUGCGAAGCAGGUGCUCGGUUUGCUCAAGGUUUCAGCAGCUAUAAUGUUUGAUGCUGGAGUUGCAGCAUGCCUGGAGCACCUGGAAGCCGUUCCUUGGUCUGAGGAAGAGGAAGAAGAGGUAAUAUCCGUUCUCAGUCAACUAAAGUUAAGAGAACCAGUGGCAGAGGUUUUACAAAGAGUUCUAGUGGAGUCAUCUUCUUCCUCCAAAGCAGAUGCAAUUUUCCUCCGGCUUCUGGCUGGCGUUCUGCAAUCCAAAGACGAGAAAGCUCGCCGAGACAUGAAAGCUUUGUUACUUGGAUUGCUCCGAGAAGACAAUGCUCCGACCAUUGAAUUCACCGACAGAACUGAUGUGUCAAGGGAAACUCUGUAUCACCUCUGCCACAAAUGCGUCAGCUCUCUCUCAGUCACGCUAUCCGAAGCUGCAUCGCUGGAUGAAAGCACGCGACAUGAUCGUGGCAGCUUGAUGGCUGACAUUGCUCGCGAAGCCGACAACAUCCAAUGGCUAGUCCAGAUCCUGAUAAGCAAGAAGAUAGCUGAUGAGUUUGUGAUGCUGUGGGCGGAACAAAAAGAGCUCGUUAGUCUCCAUGACAAGAUCCCAAGCAUAUUUCGGUACGAAAUCAGCAGGAUCACCGCCAGGCUAUGCAUUUCUCUGGGCAAGGGGGAGGUGUUGGUGCCCAAGGAAGCAAGGUUUGCGGUGCUGAGCACAUGGCUAGAUGCUCUGUAUGAGGAUUUUGGAUGGAUGAAGAGAGCUUGCAGAGGACUCGAUAAGAGAAUGGUGGAAGAAGGGCUGUGCCAGAUGAUACUGACACUGUCGAUGCCACAGCAGCAGGCGGUGCUGCUGCGGUGGUUCGAUAGGUUUCUGAAGAAUGGAGAUGAGUGCCCUAAUUUGCAGAGGGCGUUCCAGGUGUGGUGGAGAAGAGCUUUUAUGAGGAGGUUUGUAGCAGAAGAAGGCGGGGGUCAGUAUGCUUCUGAUUUGCAGAUUGCUGUUUGUGAUCGUUCUGCUUGAAAGAUUGAAUUUUUAAAUGUUUAUUGUGCAGAAGCUCACUUGAUUUUACUUGGGAUGUGAAGACUAAUGAGAGUUUAUUAUAUAUAUAUUCUUGUACAAAGCAUUUGUGUAGGUUCUUGCUAUGUGGGGUGGGAUACAUAACACACAAAAACUUUCAUAUUUAUAUUUAGGGGCAUUUAUAUA